UCUUAUAUUCUUAUUAUGAUUGUUGAGAGACAGGGAGAUAAGAUUUGCAAAUAUGCUACUACAGUACCCUAUGGUUUCCUUAAAUGUAAGAGCUUAUUCAUCCUCAUCACUAGACACAAAAACACAUCAGAGAUUGUCUUACACCCCACAUCGUACCACUCCCAAACUCCCUAAUACUCCGCUCCCUUCACCUCCCGCCAUCACUACAACAACCUUCAAGUCGGACAUCGUCAUCAGUAGCCCAAAACAAGGAGAUGUGAGGGGAACUACUUGUAUGGGUUACGAGACAUGGUUACCGGCACCACCUAAGGUAGACAACCCUCGGUCCAUCUACAAUGCGGCGUCUCUGGCCUUUAUUGGUGACUGCAUUUAUGAGCUAUACGCUCGGAGACACUUUUUGUUCCCUCCACUAAAUAUUGAAGAAUACAAUGAUCGUGUGAUGGCUGUUGUCCGCUGUGAGGCCCAGGAUGCAAUGCUACGCAAGCUUUUAAAUGAUAAAGUUUUAUCCGAAGAAGAAAUUGAUAUUAUCCGCUGGGGAAAAAAUAUUGGCUCAGCAGCCAAAACAAGGACAAAGAAACGUGCUGGUGUAGCUGUCUACAACAGAGCAUCCUCAUUUGAAACACUUAUUGGCUAUUUAUACUUGACAAACACAAAACGUCUGCAAGAGGUCAUGCUAAAAUUAGGCUUCGUAGCUGAUGGUCCUCCAACUUAAUCUUGAAUGGUGUAAAUGGUGGGUGAAAUGUGCAAAGUGCUCAACUUCACAAACUGACAAUUAAUAUGAAGUGUAUUAAAAGUGGAGAUUAAGCUAGAAUGUGCUCCAUAAUAUGUAUUAACUGUGGUCUUACUUACACUUCUAAUCGAGAGGCCUAAAGGACAACUGUUUUACAAAA